CGGUCACAUAAUCAACCUGAAAGAAGAAAAUAAAUACUGUACACUUUUUAAUUUUAUCGAUCCUUAAAAACUGGACCCUCAAAGCUGCGCAAACCAUGCAGGAUGAUUUACUGAUGGACAAAAGCAAAACCCAGCCCCAGACCCAGCAGCAGCGGCAGCAGCAGCAGCCCCAGCAGCAGCCCCAGCCCGAGCCCGGCACAGCCGAAGUCCCGUCCACGCCCCUGUCCUCAGAGACCCCCAAGCCGGAGGACAGCAGCGCAGUGCCGGCCCUCAGCCCCGCCGCGGCCCCGCCGGCCCCCAACGGCCCCGACAAGAUGCAGAUGGAAUCGCCGCUCCUGCCGGGCUUGGGUUUCCACCAGCCCCCUCAGCAGCCGCCGCCGCCGCAGGAGCCCGCGGCGCCGGGCGCGUCGCUGUCGCCGUCCUUCGGCAGCACCUGGUCCACGGGCACCACGAACGCGGUAGAGGACAGCUUCUUCCAGGGGAUCACGCCAGUCAAUGGGACCAUGCUCUUCCAGAACUUCCCUCACCACGUCAACCCGGUCUUCGGAGGCACCUUCUCCCCGCAGCUCAGCCUGGCGCAGACCCAGCACCACCAGCAGCCGCCGCCGCCCGCACCGCAGCCCGCGCAGCCCGCGCAGCCCCAGCAGGCGCAGCCCUCGCAGCAGCGCCGGUCGCCCGCCAGCCCCAGCCAGGCGCCCUAUGCGCAGAGGGGCGCCGCCGCGGCGUACGGUCACCAGCCCAUCAUGACCAGCAAGCCGUCCUCGUCCUCGGCUGCCGCGGCCGCUGCGGCCGCCGCGGCCGCUGCCUCGUCCGCGUCGUCCAGCUGGAACACGCACCAGAGCGUGAACGCGGCCUGGAGCGCGCCGUCCAACCCGUGGGGCGGCCUGCAGGCGGGCCGGGACCCUCGCCGGGCGGUCGGCGUGGGCGUGGGCGUGGGCGUCGGGGUACCUUCACCGCUCAACCCCAUCUCGCCGCUCAAAAAGCCCUUCUCCAGCAACGUGAUCGCGCCGCCCAAGUUCCCCCGCGCGGCUCCGCUCACCUCCAAGUCCUGGAUGGAGGAUAACGCUUUCCGGACGGACAAUGGUAACAAUCUGUUGCCAUUUCAGGACCGGAGUAGGCCCUAUGACACUUUUAACUUGCACUCGUUGGAGAACUCCUUAAUGGAUAUGAUAAGGACUGAUCAUGAGCCUCUGAAAGGUAAACACUACCCUCCCAGUGGCCCACCAAUGAGUUUCGCUGAUAUAAUGUGGAGGAAUCAUUUUGCAGGACGCAUGGGAAUAAAUUUUCAUCAUCCAGGAACAGAUAAUAUUAUGGCACUUAACAGUCGAUCUUCUCUGUUUCCCUUUGAAGAUGCCUUCCUGGACGACAGUCACGGCGAUCAGUCCUUGUCAUCCGGCUUAAGUUCUCCCACUCGCUGUCAAAAUGGGGAGCGAGUAGAACGCUACUCUAGGAAGGUGUUUGUUGGAGGCCUUCCUCCUGAUAUUGAUGAAGAUGAGAUCACUGCCAGCUUUCGCAGGUUUGGACCUCUCGUCGUAGACUGGCCUCACAAAGCUGAAAGCAAGUCGUAUUUUCCUCCUAAAGGCUAUGCCUUUCUGCUGUUCCAGGAGGAGAGCUCAGUACAAGCUUUGAUAGAUGCCUGCCUAGAGGAAGACGGGAAACUGUACCUGUGCGUGUCAAGCCCCACCAUCAAGGAUAAACCGGUGCAAAUUCGACCAUGGAACCUAAGUGACAGUGACUUUGUAAUGGAUGGUUCUCAGCCUUUGGACCCCAGAAAAACUAUCUUUGUUGGGGGAGUUCCACGACCCCUUCGAGCUGUUGAACUGGCAAUGAUCAUGGACCGUUUGUAUGGCGGUGUCUGCUAUGCUGGCAUUGAUACGGACCCAGAGCUGAAGUACCCCAAAGGUGCUGGCCGCGUGGCAUUCUCCAAUCAGCAGAGUUACAUUGCAGCCAUCAGCGCUCGCUUUGUGCAGCUCCAACACAAUGACAUUGACAAACGGGUGGAAGUGAAGCCAUAUGUGCUGGAUGAUCAGAUGUGUGAUGAGUGCCAGGGCACACGCUGUGGUGGGAAGUUUGCCCCAUUCUUCUGUGCCAACGUCACCUGUCUGCAGUAUUACUGCGAAUACUGCUGGGCGAGCAUACAUUCCCGCGCCGGGCGGGAGUUCCACAAACCGCUGGUGAAGGAGGGAGGUGACCGCCCUCGCCAUGUCCCGUUCCGCUGGAGCUGAGCCCAGGGUAUACCCAGCCACAAGUACUGGAGUAGAUAACAAGGAGGGAAAAGAGAGGGCACUGCCUCAGGGCUUACAGUGUUCUGGAAAUCUGUGCAUUUGUUCUCGAUUUUUAAAGAAGAAAUGGGUCUUUUUAUUAUUAUUAUUAUUUACAGUCAUAUUACUGAACUCAGUGUCCAGUAUAAUACAGAAUUGCAGAGUGUAUAACGGUACUGAUUUGCACUUUGAUUCACACCUUUGUCUGCUUGGUACCUUAAUUUCUUACACCUGAUUUGUCACUUGUAGACUGCCAUUCUCAUCAGCGGCCAUCAGGUUGAUGUCUGUGAUUUUUUUGUUUGUUGUUGUUGUUGUAUUGUUAUUGUUUUGAUCGUU